AGUUUUGAAACUUCCUGGGAGAAGAUUAUUCCUGGGGUUAAAUCAACUGGAGCCACCAUAAAGGAGCUGGAUUUCACCAACAACAUCUCUGAAGCUCUGAUACCAGAGGAAACAAUAAGAUUGCUGUUUCAAGUGUGGAAGGAGGAACAUCACAAUCCAAAGUUAACUUCUUAACGAAAUACUUUCACGCGAGGAACAGGAGUUAAAUCCUAAUUAGAGCAAUGACACAGCCAGCAGAAUGACCCAAACCAAACAUAAGUGGACAAUGGAGGAAAGAAAACAAGACAAAAAAAUGCAAGCCGUCAUUGAAAACAAGAGGGAAACCAUUAAAAGACAAAAACAAUUAACAUGUCAAUUAUUGGGAGAGAUUGAACAAGUUUUGGAAGAUAUACAAAGAGAAAGAGAUGAAAAUGACUACCUAAGAAGAAAUACAGAGCAACAACAGGAGGACAUUGACAGACUGAGAGGUGAAAAACAUGAGCAGCACGUAUUAAUCAAAAGACUGAGAUUACAGAUAAAAAAUGUUGUCAAAAAAAUUGAGAGAAAAAAUAAAGCUAUCCAGGAAAGUAUGCAAUUUCUGAAAAUACAGAUGGAAAUAUACCAAGAGAGGAGAACUCUGGAAGGACAACAUAAUGAGCUCGUUGAUGAGAGGCAAAAGUUGGAAAUGAUUAAGUAUAAUCAGACAAAAUUGAAAGAAUGUAGGGAACAAAUGAAGGAGGUAAAGAGAGACCAGGAGAUAACGGAGAAGAUGAUGGCUGACUAUCUGCUUAGUCUAAUUAAAAAAAGUAAGAUGGUAAUGCUUGAAGCAAAGCAGACAAAAAAACAAAUGGACAAAAACAUGGAAGACAUGAAGCAAGAAAUAAAGAAAAAUAAACAGGUUAUUUCACAGCAUCAAUAUCAAAUGUAUCACAUAAAACAUAAUAUGAAGGUAAAUAUCAACAAGAUGAAGAAAAGGUGGACAAAACAUCAGAGCAUUGAAAGGAAGAGAAAAGAAAAAGAUGUCAAAACGAAUCUUCGCAAAAUUCAGGAAGAGAUGGAGAAACUUUGGGAGGUGCUAGAAGAGGUUGAACUACAAUUGGAAACAACUGUGAGAGAGGAACAGGGGCAAAAGACAGAAAGUUGCGGAAUGGAAAUUAUUAAAGCUGAUUUUCAAAAGCAAAGAGAAAGCAUGAACACAACAUACCGGGAAACGGAGAUAGAGACUAAUAUGCAGAAGCAAAAUACAAUCCUAGAAAACCAGUUAGAACAGGUCCAAUCUGAAGAAUGCAUCAUACAAAACAUCAGGACCAAAAUAAAGACUGACAGUGGAAACAUUGAAAGAGACAGGCACGGAGCUCAAGCAGAAAUGAAUGCAAGGAUGUCUGUACAAGGAAGUUCAGAAAUUAAAAAAGAGAACGCAGACGACAAGUCACAAAGGACAAAGAAAGAGAGAAGAGACAUGGCAGUUAUAAACACUGACAUUAAAAUUAGGGGAAAUUACUCUGUAAAAAGGAUGAGAAUGAGCAGGAGAGCAAAGGAAGAGUUCUGUAAGAUGAUGGAAGACACUGAAUCUGAUAAACAAGACAUCGAGGGAAGACAAGUUAAGACCGAGGAGCAGAGGUUAGAAAAUAUAGAAGACAGAUUUGAUGAUCAGAAAGCAAUAGUUGAACAGGUGGACGGAACCAGAGACAUAAUACAACAUAAAGUUAAUCAGUUAGAAGAAGACAGCAUAGACCCAAUCAACAAGAAUGAAGUCAACACCAAUAUGGAGAGAGGGAAUGUAAAAGAAAUCACAAAUAUGUUGUGUAAAGUGAGAGAAGAUGCAGAGCAAAGCAGGAAGGACUUCACAGAAGAAAAGAGCCAGAUACAGUGGAUACAUUUUCAAGUUAAAAAAAAGAGAAGAGAACUUGACCAGCAUCUGGAGAGGACCAUGAGGGAAAGGGAUGAGGUAGAAAUCAUGAAGGUAAACAUACAACAACAAAGGAAGGAGGUGGAACAAAAGCUGGAAGACACAAUAACUACCAUUCGUUCGAUGAGCAAGAUAAAAGCCAGUAUAGAAAACGCCGCUAGUGAAAUGAACAUCACAAAGGAAAAAAUACUCAAAGUCCAAAGAAAGAUGAAUCAGAACAAGGAAGAGGUAAAGAAGAACAUGGACAAGAUGACCUCCUUGAAAGCUCAGGUCAGUAAAUGGAUGUUGACUGAAUCUGCAAUCAAAAGUAUUUUUUCUUUGAAUAUAUCUAAACCUCAGGAGCCAUGGAAAGUAACAGACAGAAACCCUGUAAGAGAACAAACAUUUGAAAUUUCAACAGACAUUAAAAAAGUACAUGAACAAAUUACUAAAAAGACCAUCACUUUGCAACGGUCCAUAACAUUGGAUGACUUGCAUCAAAGUGAAGUAAAAGAACAAGAAAAUAUGCAUUUAGAGCAAAGAAAAGAACUCAAUUUUGCCGUGGACAUGAAGGAAAAGCAGAAUGUUGAAGAAACGUUAAUGAAUGAUCAGACACCAAUUAUGAUACAUGUAAGAGAAACGGAAGAAGUCGAAAACCAGAUGUCCAAACUAAAAGAGAAGGAGGAGAAAAUAAAAGAGCAAAUUAAGUAUGCCACAGAGAACAUGGAGCAAAGGAAUAAAGAUAUUAAGAGUCUCAUAAUAGAUAUAAAUGUCUUGCAGAGUCAAAAAAAAGAAAUUGAAAAUGGGUUGCAAAUGAUAACUGACAGUACUGAUGUACAACGACUACGGGCCGAGAUUUCUAGAACACAAGAAAUCAUAAGGCAAAUGAAUCUAGAACUUGAAAACCACACUGAAGAAAUUAUUAUCAUCAAACAUCAUGCGGAUGAAGAAAAUGAAAUUGAAAGGUUGCUACGUGACAUAAAACUAUUCCAAGAGCUUUUGGAACUAGUAAAGACUGCAAUAAGGCAAAGUAAAGUACAUCAGAAGGAAGAACGUACAACCGCAGCAAAAAGACAGAAAAGAAAACAAGAUCAAAGGUUAGAGAAAACAUUGAGAGAGAGAGAUGAAUUGGAUAUUUUAAAAAUUAAACUGCAAAGACAAACUGAUAUGACAGAGCAGAAGUUUGAGAAAAUAGCAAAAGUUAUGAUCACCACAGAGAAAAUUGCUGCCAAGAUCAGACUGAAAAAUGAAAACAUACAGAUUAUUAUGAAGGAGACAGGAGUACUGACACAGUUGGAUGACCUGAACUUUAAGAUUGAGGCUGCAAAACAUGAACCAGAAAAAAGACGUCAUUUAAUAUUCCAGGGAAGAGCUGACCUAUUAAAAGUCAACAAUGCAAUUUGGCUGUAUAAGGCUAGUGAACAUGCCUUUAAAAUAACUGAAAGGGAGGAAUGGGACAUACAGAGAAGAACAAGGAACAAAAUGGGAAAAAAAAUGUUCCAACUGAGAUCAGAAAAUGUCAAACUGAAAGAGGACAUUUUAUCAAUAGGGCACAGCCUGUAUCAGAAAAUAUAUGAAAUUGAACAGCAAAAUUACUUCAUAAGUAACCAGGUAAUUGAGAGAGGAGAGAUUGAAAUGCUGAAUCAACAAAUUCAAUUUGAGAUGGAAAAUGUGAGCCAAGCUGAGGCAGAAAUACAACAGAUGAACCGUUUAAGGACAAGCAUGGAAACAAACAAACAAGAGAUUAAUGACAGGGUGCAAAUGGUCAAAGGAGAAAUAAAAGAAAUGGAACUAAAGUCUGAGCUGAAAUUUAAAAAAAGAGAAAGUAAACAAUUAUUUGAAAAAGGAAUACAAAAGAUGGAGGAUAGUGAAAUGAAGCGGAAUGAACUAGAAAGAGAAAAGGAAAUACGGAGGAAAGAGACCACAAAGACAAGAGAAUUGGAGCAAAGACAGGAAAACAACAUGAGAGAGGUGGAUGUGUCAGAAAUAUGGCGGAUAAAAUUGCAACGUCAGAAGGAGGUGCUGGAUAGGGAGAAGCAGAGAUUCAAAGACAAGACCACUCUUAUCCAAGUUUCCAGAGAGCAGUAUGAACAAAGUCUGGAAAAUAAUAUGUUGAAAAACAUCAGGGAGAAAGUUAAAAAUAUACACAAAAAAUCAAUAGCCACAGAUUUUAUUAUAAGCCAUCACAACAUGAGACAAGAGAUUAAUGUAAAUUUGGAAGCAAUUAGGAGCGAAAUGGAAAUUGUUGGAAAUGUAAGGGUUCAUUUAGGGGAACAUAGAGAAACUCUCAAAGCAAUUAAAACUGACAACAGGACUCUAAGAGACAACAUGAGCAAAAUAAAAUAUCAGUUAGAGAUGGACUCUAAAGAAAGGGCAAUAGGCUUAGAAGCAGAGAUGGAUGAUAUUGACCACAAUGGCAAGAAUAUACAAAAGCAUGUACUCAAAAAAAGUGGCAUUCAAAAAGAGCAAGAAGGUAAAAAUAUCCUUGUUGUUGAGAAAUAUGCUCGCAAGAUGGAGACACAGAAGAGGAAGAAGGUGCUCGACCAGCGAUUGGAGAGGAUCAACAGAGAGAGGGAUGAACUAGAGAUCAUUAAACUGAAGAUGCAGAGAGAAAAAGAUGAGAGCAAAUGUGGAAUUGUUCAGUUUGACAAUUUUGUUCAAAAGCACUGGCAUCUAAUUCAGACAGGUAUGGAGGAAUUUAGAGUAAUGAAAAAACAGAGUGAAGAUGUAAAUGAAUACUUUAAAGAUCAAAAGCAGCACAUGAAGGCCCAGGCAAAGAAAAUAACCAAGGGAAGAGAGGAGGUGGAGCAACUCAAGAUGGACAUUCAAAGACAAAAAGAAAUUAUGAGAAGUUAUUUAAAGAGCAUGCAACAAAUGCAAACAAAUUUAGAGCAAGAGAGAUUCAAGACUAUAAAAGUCAAUGUCAAUCAAUCAAUCAAAAAAGAAAAGAAAAGAAACAAGGGAAAACGUGAAGACAUAGUGCUAAGACAAAACAAAUUGAACAGUGAAAAGGAGUUAUUGCUCAAAUAUGAACAACAGCAAGUAAAGAAGGGACACAAUGACAUGAAGAGACGGAUUUGUGAUACGUUGAGUGAGAAAAGAAAAAAAAUGCCCAGAACUGAUAGGAAACCAAUGCAGAAGAAGGUAGUUGAAGUCCAAUGUGCAAAAGGGCAUAAUGUAAAAGAGAGGUAUUUGAAAAGUGAAAAAAUACCUUUAAAACAUUCUACAGACACUCUUGUUUUACAAUUAAACAUACCAUUUCCUGAAAUCAUUAACAAGAAAAGAGGUAUUUUACAAUCGGAAAUAAAUCUGAACAGUAAAUUGAAAUCAUUUGAAACUGUGAGAGCAAAACUUAAACAUUUCAGUGAAAAAAUUGUAAAAAUCAAAGUGGAGGAAUUAGGAGAACAUACUACAAAUGUAGAAAAACUGUGCAUUGUGAUGGAGCAAAAGCAAACAGAGCUUGAUGAUGAAACACAUAAAUUGCCUGGUUAUCACCAAAUGUUCAUAAGCGAAAAGCAAGCUCUCCUAAGGAUGGUUUCAAACCGGUUCAAAGAUGGCAAUCAAAAGGACAAACAAGAUGGUGAAAAGCUAAAAGAGGACAUGAUUAAAAAGAUAGAGCAUCAGAAAAAUAUGAACUGUAUUAUCAAAGAGGAAUUGGACUUGGAGAUUAUGAAAUUUGACAUGAAGAAACAAAUGAGCCUGCUUAAACAUGACGGAAAAGAAAUGAAAGAGAAGAAAAAAACGCUUAAAAUAACAAUGUCUCAGCUAAAAAAUGUGAAAAAAUACAUCAAUAGGCUUUUUCAAGAGAUACAUGUCAAACUGGAAAACACAAAGAUUGAGUUCCAAAAGGAGAAAGAAAUCAGAGAAAAUAAGUUUAAUGAGAUAAACAGAGCGAGAGACUACAUUAAGGAUUUGAUCCUUAAGCUUCAUGCGGAAAAAGACAAGUUAAAGGUCGACAUGGACAUUAUUAUCUUAAAACAAGAUAAACUAGAACUCAAGAAAGAUGAUUCCAAUAGACAAAAACAAGAACUGGAAAAUAUAAAGACGAGUGUAAUGGCUGGAAGACAGGAACUGGACAUUUGGAGGGAGGAUCUCAACAAGAGGAAAGAAGAGAUUGGAGCUGCCAUGAACUCCAUCAAUGGAGAGAAAGAAAAACUCAGUCAGAUGAAGAGUAGUGCUGACAUGGACAGACACAGGUUGGACAAUGAGAAGGUCAGAUUGGAAGAAGAAGGGUCUGAACAGAAAAUAAGACAAGCGUAUCUCUUGAAUGAAAUGAAAUUAAUAGAAACUUUUAAAGGACAAUUUAAAACGCUGACUAAAAGGGUUAAGGAAGACAAGAAAGAAAAAAUGAAAGAAUUACAACUACAUAGUGAAGAUGUAGUAGAGAUGUACACUGAAUUGAAACAAAAGCUUGCAGCUCUAAAUGUACAGAAAGAAGGUGUGGCUUGUUCCACCGAACUGAUGGAGAGGGAAAAGAAAAGUCUGAUAAGUAUACUGUCAGACAUGGUCAUCCAAAGAGAAAACAAUGAAUGCCAAAGGAAGCAGAAAUUUGAGGUGUUCAAAGAAUAUGUGAACAAACUGAAGGCAGAAUUAAGGCAAGAAAGAAAUCAUCUCGACAGAGAGAGUGAGAUGAUGACGACAGAAAAACUGGACUUGGAGCUGAUGAAGUGUGACAUUCUGAAACAAAGAGACAUAUUAGAACAAGAGCAACAAGAUAUAAAGAGGGAGCAAUUCGAACUGGAAACCACAAAAAUUGAGAUUCAUAAACAGAAAGAACGCAGAGAAAAUAUGUUUAUUGAGAUAAACAGAGCGAGAGGCUACAUUAAGGAUUUGAUCCUUAAGCUUGAUGCAGAAAAAGACAAGUUAAAGAUCGACAUGGACAUUAUUAUCUUAAAACAAGAUAAACUAGAACUCAAGAAAGAUGAUUCCAAUAGACAAAAACAAGAACUGGAAACAAUAAAGACGAGUGUAAUGGCUGGAAGACAGGAACUGGAACUUUGGAGGGAGGAUCUCACCAAGAAGAAAGAAGAGAUUGGAGCUGCUAUUAACUCCAUCAAUGGAGAGAAAGAACAACUCAGUCAGAUGAAGAGUAGUGCUGACAUGGACAGACACAGGUUGGACAAUGAGAAGGUCAGAUUGGAAGGAGAAAGGUCUGAACUGAAAAUAAGAGAAGCUCAUCUCUUGAAUGAAAUGAAAUUAAUGGAAACUUUUAAAGGACAACUUAAAACGCUGACUAAAAGGAUGAGGGAAGACAAGAAAGAAAAGAGGAAAAAAUUACAACUACAUAGUGAAGAUGUAGUAGAGCUGUACACUGAAUUGAAACAAAAAGCUUGCAGCUCUAAAUGUACACAAAGAAAGUGUGGCUUUUUCCACCGAGCUGAUGGAGAGGGAAAAGAAAAGUCUGAUAAGUAUACUGUCAGACAUGGUCAUCCAAAGAGACAACAUUCAAUGCCAAAGGAAGCAGAAAUUUGAGGUGUUCAAAGAAUAUGUGACCAAACUGAAGGCAGAAUUAAGGCAAGAAAGAAAUGACCUCGACAGAGAGAG